AUGGCUCAAUUUUGGAAUGCUACUUAUAAUUGUUUCACAUUUGGAGAAGUAGAUUUGGUUCCUACCUUAGAAGAAUACACUACUUUGUUGAGGAGUCCAAUGGCUCAAGCCAGGAAAAUUUAUGCUAAGCUUACUAAUAGUCAAACUUUUGCGAAGAGGUUGGUGAAUAUUUCGGGGAUGAGUGAAUCUUGGGUCACUGCUCGAAUUCAACAGAAGGGGGAUAGCAAACAUGUUGAUGAAGCAGUAACUGAUUUAUUUGAUCAUCUCGGGAAAAGAGUCACACCUGUACCUGCAAUAUUAGCCGAGACGUUUAGAUCUUUGAGCAUGUGCCGAAAGGAAGAGAUAGCGAUGCAAAGGAGAGAUGAUAUUUUGGAAGAGAAAUGGAUGGAAAUUCUCCAAAAUCUUAAGGAAGAUGAUGUAGAGUGGAGGGCUUUCUGGAUGGUUCCUGAUGAAAUCUUGUAUCGAUGUGGAGACUAUAAUUGGGUGCCAUUAUUAGGAAUCUGGAGAGCUACUGGAUAUACUCCUUUACUUGCAUUAAGGCAGUAUAAGUCGAGGCAGUUCAUACCUAUGACGCACGGGUUGACUCAGUGUGAAUUUCCAUAUAAAGGAGACCAUUAUAGGAAGAAGGUUCGAGAAUUGUCUGAUGCUUGGAGGCAAAUGUACAGGAUGAAAAGGCUGACUGUUGGCUCUAUGGUAACACCCGAAUAUAAUGGAUGGUUUAGGAAAAGGGUCAAUGACAAUAUUCCUAGACCAAGUUCGAAAAGUGCUCGGCCAACUGAGGAACGGUUACAAAUUACCCCGUCGGAGUUGGAAAUCAUAAAGCAGGAUUUUGAGAAGAAGAGUUCUGAGUUCGGGAAAAAGAUUGAGCAGUUGGAAGAAGAAAAGAUGCAUUUGAAGCUGGAAGUGGAGAUUCAAAAGUCAGAAGCAGAAAAGCUACAGAAAAGGAAGGGUAAAGUUUAG